AUGGCUAGAAAAAGUGCAAAAUCGAUAAAGUCAAAGAAUGUUAAGAAAAGUGUAGAGAAUAGAAUUGCUAAAGCUCAAGUUAGAGUAAAGGCCGAAAAGAAGAAUGAACCAGUUAACGCACUCGGUGAAACCAGUUGGGCCUCCGGACGGGGUUCUUCUGAAUGGGGUACAUCUGAGUCUACCGGUAAAGAGGGUUUCAAAGUAGUUAAAGGUAAAUUGGUCAGUGAAAAUGACGUUGGUGCCUUACUUAGGGAAGCUGCCAAAACUGUGCAAAAGAGGAAAAAUAAAAGGAAUGCUAGUAUUUCACGAUCAUCACCGCCUGCUUUUUCAUUUGAAAGAUCUAAUGCUCUUAAAAACUCCACUAAAAUAGCGAAAGGCAAUAAUAAUUUCAGUGCAUUUUUCAAUAAGAAAAAUCAUUUGGUUAUAAACACAAACAUCGAUGCCAAGAACCAUUUCCUAGUGAUAUAUAACCUAGCGGUGGGUGUUGAUAAACAGAGUUUGAAAACCAUCCUGCAAAAUUUAGCUAGAGUCAAAAUUAAAAAUAUUAUGGUUAGAGAUUUACCAACUGGCUCAGCUACAGCAAAUGUUUAUCUGCAAAACUCAACUAUGCGUGAAUUAGAAAGAGUUAAGCAAUUAUUUUACGGUGCUUCAGUUGAUGGUAGAACAAUUCAAGUAAAUGUUACUACAUCAUCUGAACAGGAAUUCGGCUACUAA